AAAUCAAAACAGAAACCAAAACUCCUCCCUCUCUCCUCCAAGUUCGUCGCUCUCCUCCUCUCGCCGGAUUCGCGGCGCGGAAUUUCGAUCCCCCCCGGAAGAUUCUCCCGCCGGCGGUCGCGGCGCGCUGCACCGCGUAGGCCGCGCGCGCGGGCGUGUUGGCGCCGCCGCCGCCGACGACGACGAAUGCCCAGCGGCACGCUCCGAGCCGCCGCCCCGCCCCCGCCGCCUCGCUGCGACACGGGCGCGGGGGGCGGUACAGGACGCUGAGACGGUGCCUUGGGUGUGUUCGGGAGGGGAGGGGAGCUCUCGCGUCGCCUCCGUAAGGUGGGGUGUGUGUGUGUUGGCCAUCGGUGGCGGCCAUCUUCUCGCUCGAUCUCCCGCUCCCGCGGAACCCGACGCAAUGUGGGGGCGAGGUCUGUAGAUGGUGGUUGGCCUGAUCGAUCUCCUGAUAUUUCUUAGAUUUUUGUUGCAGCAGAUGAGGAUGCAAGUAUGAAUUGCUCUUUUAGGUGGUACCAUUGCAGCAACCCAUGGAUGCCUCUGAUAAAACUUUUGCUGAUGUAGUAAAGCUUUUGACGUCGUGGUUGCCACGUCGGUCAAACCCAGACAAUGUCUCUAGGGACUUCUGGAUGCCUGAUCACAGUUGCAGAGUCUGUUAUGAUUGUGACACACAGUUCACCAUAUUCAACCGCAGGCAUCACUGUCGGCGUUGUGGUCGCAUUUUUUGUGGCAAGUGCACCACAAAUUCCAUCCCAGCUUCAAGUGGCCCUGACAGAAAUAUCGAUGAAGGGGACAAAAUUCGUGUCUGCAACUUUUGCUUUAAGCAAUGGGAGCAAGAGAGAGCCGCUGCUAACAAGCAGAUGAUGCCAUUGCUUAGUCCUUCCUUGUCUGAGGCAAGUCUGUUUAGCACCAAGUCAGCUAUCACCAUAAAUAGUGUUAGUACAACAGCUGGAUCUUACUCUACUGGACACUAUCAACAUGUGGCUCGUGCUUCCAGCAUUAGUCCACCCAAAAGUUCCCAAGACAAAGUGUGUCAUGAUAUGCUAGACACCCAUGUGCCUGAGAAAAGUAUGUCCGCUGUUUCAAACAAAGAUGAGACUUCUUCAGUUCAUUUUGGCUAUUACACAAACAGGAGUGAUGAUGAAGAAGAAGAGUGUUCUGCUUACUGCUCUGAUAGGCAGGUACAACAUCAACAGCAUAAUGACCAUUAUUAUGGUCCAGAUGAGUUCGAUGAGCUUGAAUCAUCCUAUAAUCCAACAAUAUCUCCGACAGUUGAAGAAAAUGUAAUUUCUAAAGAAGUAUCCUCUCAUGCGACUGACCAAGGAUUCCCCAGCACAUUGCCUGUCACAAAAAUGGAUGAUGAACCUGAUCCUGACAAUAGUUCUGAGUGUGGGGCUGCUUCGUCCAUUUAUGCUCUUGAAAGUACUGAUACAAAUCCAUUGGAUUUUGAGAAGAAUGAACUUUUUUGGUUUCCUCCUGAACCAGAAGAUGAAGAAGAUGAGAUGGAAGUUGGAUUGUUUGAUGAUGACGAUGACGAUGAGCCUGUAGCUGAUAGUGAGCAGCGUCGCAUUCGAUCAUCCAGUAGCUUUGGUAGUGGUGAAUUCCGAAACAGAGAUCGGUCAAGUGAAGAACAUAAGAAAGUAAUGAAGAAUGUUGUCGAUGGGCAUUUCAGGGCUUUGAUUUCACAACUGUUGCAGGUGGAGAAUAUUUCAUUACACGAGGGUGAUGAAACAGGUUGGUUGGAGAUUGUUACUUCAGUAUCAUGGGAAGCUGCAAACUUUCUCAGACCAGACACAAGCCAAGGUGGUGGCAUGGAUCCUGGUGGAUAUGUUAAGGUCAAAUGCUUAGCGUGUGGGCACCGUAGUGAAAGCACUGUUGUAAAAGGAGUAGUCUGUAAGAAGAAUGUUGCACAUAGGCGCAUGACAUCCAGAAUAGAGAAGCCUCGUCUCCUCCUACUAGCAGGUGCUCUUGAGUACCAGCGAGUCACGAAUCAGCUAUCAAGCAUUGACACGUUGCUCCAGCAGGAAACGGAUCAUCUUAAAAUGGCAGUCGCGAAGAUUGUUGCUCAAAAGCCUAACUUGCUUUUGGUUGAACAUACAGUUUCUCGCUAUGCUCAGGAUUUGCUACUAGAAAAGAACAUAUCACUCGUUUUAAAUAUAAAGAGGCCCCUUUUGGAUCGAAUAGCUCGUUGCACAAAUGCUCAUAUCGUUCCUUCUAUUGAUCUCCUACCGUCUCAGAAGCUUGGUCAUUGUGAGUUGUUUUAUGUGGACAAAUACGUUGAACAUUCCGUGAACUCAAAUAAUACAGCAAAGAAAAUGCCAAAGACCAUGAUGUUUUUUGAAGGAUGCCCAAAGCCAUUAGGUUGCACUGUUCUGCUGAAGGGUGGUAGCAUGGAUGAGCUAAAGAAAAUAAAGCAUGUGGUACAAUAUGGCAUAUUUGCAGCAUAUCACCUGGCCUUGGAAACAUCUUUCCUUGCAGAUGAAGGUGCUACCCUACCAGAAAUUCCAUUGGAAUCUCCAUUGACUGUAGCCUUGCCAGAUAGCCGGUCUACUGCAGACAGCUCUAUUUCAACAGUGCCAGGUUUCACGUUUAAUGUUUCCAACAGCCGGCAAACAACUGAUGGUUUUGAGCACCCUGUCGCAGGCUCUAUUAGAUCAACUGACCCAGGUGGAACAGAUGUUCCACCAGUGUCCAAUGAAUGCACUACUCAAACUCGAACUACCUUCUCUCAUUCUUCUGGAACUUGGUCUGCUAACGGCGGUAGUUUGAACAGCAAGACAGUUGAUAGAAUAGAGAAGGCAACUGCAACUUCAGCUACAACAUCUGGUGUACUUAUGGAUCAUUCAUAUACAUAUUCUACUCUAGAGAAAAAUUGGUAUUCUGGUGAUUAUCAUGAGUAUGGUUCAACCAUGUCAGAUGUUAAGACAAUGACGACAGUUUUAGCCAACUCAAAUGGUAGUUGUCAUCAUGGCACAUCUGAGGCCAGCACCAACAUCACUAAUUUUGCUAAUCUAAAGGAGCCUUUUGAUGGUUCAAUUGAUUUGGCUAAUGUGGAAAAUGUCACAAACAGCAAUGUGGUGAUGGUGCAACCAGUGCCUAGUACUGCUGUACAAAAUCAAGAAACUAAUCAAGGACAUGAGAGCACAUCAAAUAAGGAAGAAAUUAUGGCUUCUGAUCAUCAGAGCAUCUUAGUCGCAUUAUCCAUACGAUGUGUCUGGAAAGGAACUAUUUGUGAGCGUUCACAUAUGUUACGCAUAAAGUAUUAUGGUAACUUUGACAAGCCUCUUGGAAGGUUUUUGCGUGACUGCCUAUUUAAUCAGGGUUAUCAGUGCAUUUCCUGCGACAAACCACCUGAAGCUCAUGUCCAUUGCUACACACAUCAGCAGGGAAGUCUAACGAUAUCAGUUAGAAAACAUACAGAAUUCGUUUUGCCAGGGGAAAGGGAUGGGAAGAUUUGGAUGUGGCACAGAUGUCUAAAGUGCCCUUGGAGCAAUGGAUUUCCACCAGCAACUCUAAGGAUUGUCAUGUCUGAUGCUGCUUGGGGUCUGUCACUUGGUAAAUUUUUGGAACUUAGCUUUUCAAAUCAUGCAGCUGCAAGUAGGGUAGCCAGUUGUGGUCACUCUCUCCAUAGGGACUGCCUUCGGUUCUAUGGGUUUGGAAAAAUGGUGGCAUGCUUCCGAUAUGCGCCAAUUAAUGUUCAUUCUAUUCAUGUACCGCCUUAUAAACUUGAUUUCAGUCACCAGCCUUUGGAUUGGAUACAAAAAGAAGCAAAUGAGGUUAUUGACCGUGCAAAGGUUCUCUUUGAUGAAAUAUCACGGGCUUUACAUCAGCACUCUGACAAAAGGGCUCAUAGUGGUUCUCUUAACAUGGAAUGCGGCAAUCACAUUGUUGACCUUGAAGGAAUUCUUCGAAGGGAGAAGUUAGAAUUUGAGGGAUGUCUGAAUAAAGUUAUCAAAAAGGAGACGCAGAAAAUUCAACCAGACAUUCUUGAGAUCAAUAGGUUGAGGAGGCAAUUACUCUUCCACUCUUACUUGUGGGAUCAAAGACUGAUAUCUGCUGCAAGGUCAGAUAGAAGUCAUCAAGAACCAUAUAACUUCAAGCCAGCUGAUAAAGAGAUGGUCCAGUCUAUAGGUAGUAUUGCUGAGCAAAAUGCCAUAGAAAAGCCUCAAAGUGAAAUUAGUGCAACUGAGGCUUCCUUUAAAGAUCAUAAAUAUGUUGAGUGCCUUCAGGAGAGCAUUGAUGGCGGGAAUAGCCCAGGAGUUGAUCCAUGUAAUAGCUGUCCUAACCAUGACCAGCAAAUAGCCAUAAGUGAAUCUGAUUUAAUCCAAAGGGGCAGCAAAACACCUCUCCACAGCAGCGUCAGUAUUAAUGUGGAGUCUGUUCCACUGGAAUCUGAUAUUGUAGCUCGACGCACCCUUUCAGAAGGACAGUUUCCCAGUUUAUUGGAUGUUUCUAAUGCGCUUGAUGCAAAAUGGACAGGUAAAAAUGAUCCUGUCCCUAGCAGUGCGAUAGUACCAGAUUGUGUGGCAUCCUCAGAGGAUUCAGAAGAACAUGUGACUGAUACACCUUCAUAUGCCUCUGUCUUCCUGAACAAGCUAGGCGAUAGUGCAGAGGACCAGUCCAACUGGCUUGGGAUGCCUUUCUUACAACUUUACCGUGCUCUAAACAAGCAGUGGUGUCGCUCAAACAGGUUUGAUGCUCUCAAUGAAUAUACUCCUGUUCAUGUUUCUUUUCUUAGGACGGUGGAGCGCCAGGUUGGGCCCAAAUUUCUCUUUCCAAUUGGUGUUAAUGACACUGUUGUUGGGAUUUAUGAUGAUGAACCUACUAGCAUCAUCUCCUAUGCGCUUGCUUCCCAUGAAUAUCAUCUUCAGCUAUCAGAUGAACUGGAAAGCGACACAACAGAUAAUUCACUCUCAGUAACUGAUUUGAGAGGUGCUUCAUUAACUGAAUCAGUGGAUGAAACUGCUUCUGAACUUCUAAGAAGUUUUGUUUCUACAGAGGACAAUAUCCUCUAUUUGUCAGGAGGCAAGAAUCCAUCCCCUUCAGAUCCACUCGCAUACAGAAAAGCAAGUCACAUAAAGGUGAAUUUUGGAGAUGAAGGUCCUUUAGGACAAGUGAAGUAUACUGUAAUUUGUUACUAUGCAAAACAAUUUGAUGCUUUGAGGAGAAUAUGCUGCCCAUCAGAGCGUGAUUUUGUCAGGUCACUUAGUCGUUGCAAGAAAUGGGGUGCUCGAGGAGGAAAAAGCAAUGUAUUCUUCGCAAAAUCACUCGACGAUAGAUUUAUAAUUAAGCAGGUUACCAAGACCGAAUUAGAGUCUUUCAUGAAAUUUGCUCCAGAGUAUUUUGGAUAUAUUUCAGAGUCAAUUGUGACUGGCAGUCCUACUUGUAUUGCGAAAAUUCUUGGUAUUUAUCAGGUUAAGAGCCUGAAAGGUGGAAAGGAGAUGAAGAUGGAUGUUCUAGUGAUGGAAAAUCUUCUGUUUGAACGUCAUGUGACAAGAUUGUAUGAUUUAAAGGGAUCUACAAGAUCAAGAUAUAACCCCGACUCAAAUGGUAGCAAUAAAGUACUUCUUGAUCAGAACUUACUUGAAGCUAUGCCAACCUCCCCCAUUUUUGUUGGGAACAAGGCAAAGCGGCUGCUAGAGAGAGCCGUUUGGAAUGAUACUGCAUUCCUUGCUUCCAUAGGUGUAAUGGAUUACUCUUUACUUGUUGGUGUUGAUGAGAAGAAGCAUGAACUUGUGAUGGGCAUCAUAGAUUUUAUGAGGCAAUAUACAUGGGACAAACAUCUAGAGACAUGGGUGAAAACCUCAGGAAUAUUGGGCGGACCAAAGAAUGUUGCACCUACAGUAAUAUCACCGAAGCAGUACAAGAUGAGGUUCAGAAAAGCCAUGUCGACUUACUUUCUUGUUGUUCCAGAUCAGUGGUCACCUCCAGCAGUAGUCCCUAGCAAGCAAGGGGCUGAGAACAACCAAGAUAACGAUUAAAUUCUCUCAACGAGGUCAUGAAACAUUGUGACCUUUUAAAUGCAGGGAAGUACUCGUUAAAUGACCCAUUUUUUGGGGUGACGUGUAUAGAUUUUGAUUCAUUACAAUUUUGCUCAUUUCGAUUGGGUAGCGCUAUUUAUAUGGUGCCUUUUUGAUUCCCUAUUUAUUAUUUGGGAAGAUCAAGUGUACAAAUGUUAGCUGAAGUAUUUGGAUGCUCUAGAUAGAAUUCAACCAGUGUUGUAUAGGACUAUAUAAAUAUUUUUCUGCACAUCAUAUAGAUCAGUAAGCGCACUGAGAUAUAAUAUACAAUGUAUAAGAAAAUAGAAACAUCCAUUUUUGCCGUUGCAAAAAAAAUUUUACCCUCUUGUUUAUCCAUGUUUAACAUAA